UCGUUCAGAAAUCAUAGAUUUACGUCAAGAUACGUUUCUUUUUUUCUCUAUCAAGAAUCUCAAAGCUCCUUCACGUAACAUUACAAUCGUCGUUGAGAAGAGACGAAUUGGUUUGACAAAGCUUCGAAAUUUAGGGCGAUUUCUUGCUAAAUUUGUGGAAGAAUCAGAGAAAUUUAGGCGUUUAGGUUUUUUUUUUUUUUUGGGGUAAAUUUGAUAUGAAGCCACACGAGGAUUGGGUUUAUGAAUCUUGGACUGUAGAUUGUGUUUGUGGUGUGAAUUUUGAUGAUGGUAAAGAGAUGGUUGAUUGUGAUGAAUGUGGUGUUUGGGUUCAUACAUGGUGUUCUCGUUAUGUUAAAGGUGAUGAUUUGUUUGUUUGCCACAGGUGUAAGAUCAAAAAGAACGACGAUGAAUUGUCGAAGUUAUCGGUUACUAAAUCGUUGAGAAUGGAGAAUUCAUCUAUUCAGAGUGAGACUGUUGUAUUGAAGACUUGUUCAGAGAUACCAAUUGAAGAAAGGGUUCAUGUACAAGGAGUUCCUGGUGGUGAUUUGGCUUUGUUUGAAUGUGUUUCGUCGGUUUUUAGUCGGCAGCUUUGGAAGUGUUCUGGUUAUGUGCCUAAGAAGUUUAGGUUUCAGUAUAGGGAGUUUCCUUGUUGGGAUGAGAAGGAGAAUGUGUGUGAUGUUGGUGGUGAUGAAGAUACUUGUGCUGGUGUUUUGUUGUCUAUGUCGAAAGAAUACGGUGUGGAUGGUAAGGGAAAUCAGGGUUCUAGAGGAAUUGAGAUGACACAUUCUCGGAGUGAUGUUGACAAAGAGAAGAGCUUGCUUUGUACUUUGAGUAUAAAUAAGCGGAGGAAAGAAUCGGCGGGUGGUUUUGAAGAUCGGGUUAAGAAGAAGGUUAAAGUUGCUGACAAAGAGGAAGAAGAUGAUAUAAGAAGGCUUUGAUUUGGAUACAUGAGAGACAUUCUGUUACACAACCAUCAUUUCUUAUUUUUGUAGAUAUUUAAGUUUAUUCUUUGAAUCACUAGUAUUUCGACCUACAUUUAUUCUACGCUAUACAAAGCUCGGUAGUGAUGUUGAAGAUUGGUAGUGAUGUAGCCAUUAAUAUUGCAGCUGAAUGCUCCAGGUUCAUGCACAUGAGAGAAAUAGUUGUCCAACAUUUCCAAUGGUACUGAAGAGCUCUGCAACUAGUGAUCUUUUUGUCCUCAAGGCUCAACAAAAGAAAAAUAAGCGCAAUGUGGCUAAGGAGGAGAUAUGAUUUGGGUUGGUUUUCGAACUGGACGAAUUUAGUUUCUUUGUCAAUGCUUAAAUUUAUAACAUGUUCACUAGUUUAGAUUCUUAACCUUUAUAUUCAGAUUUAACCACAAGGGUUUAUGGUUUCA